AUGGCUGACAAGCAGGCGACAAUAUAUGUCAUCGAUGUUGGCUUAACAACAGGUGAAUUCCACGGUGGAAGGAAUGAAAGCAAUCUCGAAUAUGGGCUCCGAUAUUUUUGGACAAAAAUUGCGGAGAAUAUGGCAACAAACAGAAUAACCUUGAAUGUUGGGGUUGUAGCAUUUCGAACUGAUGAGACAAAAAAUUCCAUGUAUCCCCAAGAUGGAUAUCACAAUAUUUCAGUUCUUAAAUCCCUCGGAAAGGUAGAAAUGCCACAUCUCCAAUUUUUAAGGGCAAAGCUUGUUACAAACGAUACUAUUGAAGGUGAUGCUAUCUCUGCUGUUGUCAUUGCUAUGUCAGAAAUAAUCAACUUCACUAAGCUCAAAAAUGGAAACCCUGGGAAGUUUAUCCGAAAGAUAAUUCUCCUAACAGAUGGACAAAGUACGUUAGAUUCGGAUGAUAUCGAAAACAUCACUGCGAAGGUCAAUGAGAGCGGGAUUGAACUUAUCAUAAUAGGCGUUGACUUUGACGACUCUGUCUUUGGAUUUAAAGAAGAAAAUAAAUCUCUAUUCAAGCAACAAAAUGAACGAAUACUCAAGAGUUUUGUUGAAGGCUGUGACCGCGGAAAAUUUUGUACGACAGCAGCAGCUUUGCAGGAAAUAUCGCAACCCACUGUAAAAGAGGUAAAGCCCUAUGUGACGUAUGAGGGACAAUUAACUCUUGGUGACGUUAAAAUGUAUCCAGAAUCAGCGAUAUGCAUUGAUGUAAAACGAUACUUCAGAACUAAGAAGGCUAAAGUACCAACAGCUAGUAGGUACUUUAUUCACACUCCUGACUCAAAAGUUGCAACAGACGAUGAACAAUCCAAUGAAAUAGAUCUCGUUAAUGGUGUGAGAGAAUCUGUUGAAAGCAAUGAUAUUUCUCCCGUUAGAUACAUGAAGGCCUACACAGUAGACGAUCCAUUCAGUGCAGGCGGCAAGAGAGAGAUCGAAGUUGAGAGCCUAACAAGAGGAUAUCUGUACGGUCGCUCUAUAGUUCCUAUGAAUGAAGCCGAUGAAUGCGUAAACAAGCUCGAAACUUUCAAGAGCUUCAAAAUUCUCGGCUUCAUUCCAACUGAUCAGCACAAGAAAUAUCUAGCAAUGGGUGAAAGCUGUAUAACAGUCGCUCAACCUGUCAAUGAUAGGUCUCAGUUGGCAAUAUCAUCGCUCGUUCAUGCUCUCCUUGAACUAGAGUCCUAUGCUAUUGCCAGAAUUGUACUUAAAAAUGGAGCAGAGCCUGGAAUUGUUCUUCUAGCACCAUAUGUUGAACCAGGAGUACUGGAGGCUCUUGUCGAUGUACCCCUUCCUUUUUCUGAAGACCUCCAUAUCUAUCAAUUUCCACCAUUUGAAAAGUUAAUUACAGGCUCAGGAGCUGAGUUCCAGGAAUAUGGAAAUCUGGCAUCAAGCGACUUAAAUAGUGCUAUGAGUGAUUAUGUGGAUGCAAUGGAUAUCUCGAGUUUUGGAAGAAAUGAAGAAGGCACACCUACGGAAUUUAUGCCGAUCGAAGAGACAUAUUCACCAUCUGUUCACCGGAUCUAUCACUCCAUAACUCAACGAGCAAUGUACCCAGAUAGACUACUCAUAACACCCCCAGAGGUUUUGACGAAGAUUUCUAAGCCGCCUCCGAGACUUGCUAUGCAAACGAAUGAUCAACUUCAAGAGCUGAUCAGAGUGUCGGAAGUAGAGAAAGCUCAGCCAGUUGAAACCAACAAUUCAAAAAAGAAUUUCGGCCGCGGCUUAGAUUAG